UACUGUUGCAGGGGACUGUGUCGCACAUUUCACUUUAGCCUGUCGUCUGUCAUCACCUGGUUGCUAUUGGACAAGCUUGGUGAGACUUCUGGCUUUGACUGCAAGAGUUAAUGUGCCUCAGAGUCUGAAACACCUGUGUUCAAUGGCUACGUUGGGCUCUACAUUUUCUGCCCCAACCACUGCCUCUGUGCCCGAGGGUUUCCAUUAUGAAACCAAGUACAUUGUGCUUAACUACCUGGGAAUGCUGCCUGCUGGUAGGUCACAGACACUAACUACAGCCCAAGGAGGUGCCCAGAAUGAGAGAGAGAGGACUAGAAACAUUAAAGGGCAGAUAGAGGAAGAGCUGAGACAUUUGGAAGAUGAAAUUGCUGCCUCCUUUUCCACUACAGGCUUUGAUUGCCACACAUCACUAGUAUUCAGUCCAGCCAACCCGGAGAACUCUAUUGAAGACUGCCUUGCUGCGAUGGGAGACCGGGUGGCCGGAGAGCUUGACACACACCUGACAGCAGCUGUACACACAGUCCUUGCAGGACCUCUGGACUACCAGAGAUUCAGAGACACAGCACAGGCUCUCUCAGUGCACACACAGGGAGGCUGGAGCAAGGUGCUAGUACCUUUGGUGCUGCUUCAGGCUUUACUAAAUGAGGGCCAGUCUUUGACGACUCUUCUGCAUCACGGGGUGCGCUUGCUAGAGGAGGAUGAAGCCCACUACAUUAUCCAGCAAGGGGGAUGGGGUGAAAUAUUCAGGCUCGAGUCAGAGGAGGAGAGAGGUGUCACCAUUGCUGAAGACAGCAACGACAUUUACAUCCUGUCAGGGGAGCAGCAUCCUGACCAGCUCAGCCCUCCAUCGUCGCUGCUCUGCACCGGAGACAACAGCAGUGAGCAGAGCUCCUGGCAGACAGAAAGCUUACCUGUAUCUCUGGCUGGCCACGAGUCUUGGGCGCAGGUUGGUGUGAUGGAUCCUGAAGACCUCAAGAGCCUAGACAGCAAUGAGGGCGUGGCUCUGGCUGAGGAGCGCAGUGAAAACAACUCCUCAAACUCAGAUAUUGUCCAUGUAGAGCGUGAGGAGGCCGAGUUGCUGGAAGGAGGUGAAGUUGGAGUGAUAGAGGAGAGCAUGAUAAGUGUUAUAGGCACAGAGAGCGAGCUGGCCGAGCUCAGGGAGGAAUUUAGGGACCAAACUCCACCUGUUCCAGUAUCAGCAGAGGCAGACUCCACAAUCCCAGCCUCCCUCACUUCAUUUGAGGCACCAGAGAUGCCUGCAAGCUUUUUGACAGAGCCUUCCCUCAUCUCUUCAGAACCAGAGCUGCCUAUAGAACCACAGCCUGAGCCAGAACCAGCUGUCACUGCCACAGUGCCUGCUGAGGCGGCACCCUCAUCUCAAGCCAAGGAAACCCUGAGAGCACCAGCAGAGUCUGAAGCCACCUUAGAACCAGCUCUUGUACCUGAACAGGAGCCGGAGCCUAUCAGUGUGCCUCCCCAGCCAAAACUAGAGAAUGUCUCGCUGGCUGCACCCCUGCUCUCAAAGGCUGCACAGGCUCCUGCAGAGGUCCCAGUUGAGAAGCCUGCAGCGUAUCCCCAUCAGGCAUCAGUGCUGUCAGGGGUGGUUUAUGGAGGGGUUUUGCUGUUGACCGCAGUCACUGUAAUUGCAUACAUUACCUUAAGGUACAGGAGGAGAUAG